GAGCCCUCCGGGGUGUGGCCGCCAAGCGCUCCUCCUUCUCGGGCGACUGUCGGCUCCGGGGGUCGCUACAAGUCUCUGCUCCGGCUCAGCAGCGCAGCGCCGCCGCGGCCCGCCCGCCCGCUUUUCAGACCAUGGCCAACACGGAGCGCACCUUCAUCGCCAUCAAGCCAGACGGCGUUCAGCGCGGCCUGGUGGGCGAAAUCAUCAAACGCUUCGAGCAGAAAGGAUUCCGCCUUGUGGCCAUGAAGUUCCUUCAGGCCUCUGAGGAGCUCCUGAAGCAGCACUACAUUGACCUGAAAGACCGCCCAUUCUACCCUGGGCUGGUGAAGUACAUGAACUCAGGGCCCGUGGUGGCCAUGGUCUGGGAAGGGCUGAAUGUGGUGAAGACAGGGAGACUGAUGCUUGGGGAGACCAAUCCAGCAGAUUCUAAGCCAGGCACCAUUCGCGGAGACUUUUGCAUUCAAGUUGGCAGGAACAUCAUUCACGGCAGUGAUUCAGUAAAAAGUGCUGAGAAAGAGAUCAACCUAUGGUUUAAGCCUGAAGAAUUGGUUGACUACAAGUCUUGUGCUUUUGACUGGAUCUAUGAAUAAGGGGUGGACAAAGCAUCGGUCCCCCUUGGCUCCGCUCGGAUGUGUCCCUGGACACAGCUCUCCAUUCCAUUGACUUGGAAGCAAUAGGAUUGAUCUUUGUUUUCUAAAGUAUAUAUACCAAUAAAGCCUUUGGAAACUGGG